UUACUCCGCAUUUUCUUCAAUAAAAGCGUAAUACAAGUAGUACUUGAACUGCAGCAGGUAAUCCGAGCAAGUAAUCAUGUAUCAUCCUUCAUGUAAAGUACCGUAACGACAUCGGAAAUUCUUGCUUUUUUCCAUUCGGAACAAAAAAUACGAAGCUAAAAAGGCUGAAUUAAAAUUACAGAGGUGCAAUGUGCCACAUUCCUUUUCGCCCCUAUAUUAUUCCUCCCGUUUGCCGGACUCAUUAUUCACGUGUCGUUUACUACAACGAAUUCAUCAUUUCCUGUCAACGAAAACAAGGUUAGUUGGUCAGCUGAAGAACGAGACAUGUGACUGUCGCAAUGAAAUGGAUUUAAACCAUGACAGUCGCUACUUCCUAUUGUUUUAAUGUCUACAAAUCAAAAGAAAUUAUCCUGAUCCAAAAUUGUAAAGCAGCAAUGAUACAGGUGAUUGGAAGAAGUCAUAUUAAUUUUAAAGACAAAGAAAAGACAUUUUAUUUGCAGACUUAAAAGGAUAUUGUAUUGUAACCUGAAAUCAUGGACAGCAAAGAUGAAACAAAAUGUGCAACUAAUGGCAUUCAGUUGGACCCAGGAAACAACACUGAAGAUCAGGACAGUUACCGUGAUGGAGAUGAGGUUGAUGGAAUGUCAAGAAGAAAGUCAUCAAUAUGGAUGACGAUGAAGAACCAGAUUCGUGUUGGAGAUAAAGGCGCAACCCCACUAAAUUGGAAACAUGUCUUUUUGGUAUUCAUAUCAUUAUUCUGCAGUGCUUUAAGUCUGACCUUUCUGUUUCCUUUCCUGCCAGAAAUGAUUGUGGGAUUUGGUUAUGAGGAAGAGGACAAGGGCUAUUAUGCUGGUCUUGUAGCUUCUGCAGUAUUUGCUGGCAGGGCUGUGGGAAGUUAUUUUUGGGGCUGGCUGUCAGACAGGUAUGGACGACGGCCAAUUAUGAUGAUUACCGUAUUUGGAAAUGGAUUUUUCUCAUUGGUGUUUGGAUUUACCUACAAUCUUCAAAUGGCUAUUAUUUCUCGCUUCCUCACAGGACUCGCAAAUGGUACUGUAGGAACAGCUAAGACAGUUCUGUAUGAGAUAUGUGACAACACAAACCAAGCCCUUGGGAUGUCAAUUAUAUCUGUGGCCUGGGGGGCAGGGAUUGUCCUAGGUCCCACUGCUGGAGGACUUCUUGCCUCACCAGUGAAGCGUUACCCACAAUCCUUUUCGGCUGAUGGUGUGUUUGGAAAGUUCCCUUACCUCCUGCCCAGCAUGAUUAUCUUCAUAGUUUGUAUUUUGGUUGAUAUCCUGGAUUUCUUCCUGCUCCCAGAGACACUCAAUUCUCAAAAGAACACAAAUGAAAAGAGUAUAAAUGGUGAAGAGGAAGCUCUGACUGUCAACACGAUAGAUCUGUCUAAACCAGGAAAUAGACACAAAUCUGAGGAAGACUAUUUACAGUCAAGAAUAGCGAUGUCAGUAGAGGAUCUUCACUGUGAAUCAGAGGCAGCAACUUAUUUAUUUCAGAGAGAGGCUCAGACUGGGCACCAUGGAAUUCUCAGGAAGGAACUACAACAUGUGUUAUCACAUGAUCACAGAAGACAAAGCCUAUCUUUGUGUCAUAUACCAGUAGAUGGGUUGACAAAUAGUGAACAUUUUGUUGCAGAUGUGGCACAGAUUUCACAAUCAAGUCAUGAACUGAACAUAUCUAGAACCGAAAGUUCUCAUAAUAGAAUUGGUAGUAUACUAUUUACAGGAGAUGGAGAGGAUUCUUGUGACGGAGAGAGGCAACUUGAGGAGAGUAAAAAGGAAAAGUCAUUUGGAUGUUGUAGUGUUAUAAAAAACACAAACUUAGUGACCCUGUUCAGAAUGGGAGAUGUUCGACAAGCCGUCAUGGUCUACUCCGUUUUUUCAUUUGGUGUGAUCGGGUUUGAGGAGAUCUUCACGGUUUGGGCUUCUACAGAACAAAGAUUUGAUGGGUUGAACUAUGCCCCAGACAAGAUUGGAGCAGUGAUUGGCAUAUCGUCUAUACCAUUACUGGUGUUUAAUCUCUUCCUUUUCCCUUUCUUGGCCCGAACAUUUGGCCUCAAGAAGACGUUUGCUGGUUGUACUUUGGUAUUGAUGCUGGCUAUAACUGUGAUGCCAAUGUUACAUCUUUUACAAAAUCAGGACACAGUAUUGAUGGUAAUGGUCAUUCUGAUCUUGCUCCCACAGAAGCUUAUUACUGCAUGUUGCUUUAGUGCCUCUUCUCUAUUUGUCAACAAUUCUGCCCCACCAAAUCGGGCUGGAGCUGUUAACGGUAUUGCCAUGACAAUGACAGCUUUUGCAAGGUCACUGGCUCCAGCAGUAGGGGGAAGCAUCUUUGCAUGGUCUGUUGGAUAUGGUGCUGAGAAGCUGGGGCCACCAUUUGAUGUCAACCUGUCUUUCUUUUUCUUUGGCUUCGUUCUCUGGACUAUGACCAUAUACAGCUUCUUCAUCAGUGACAAAUUGAAUGUGCAGAAAAAGUAAACUGAUAUAAUUAGAGUUAGAAUUAGACUUAUAAUUUGAUAUUGCUGUGUUGUUGGUUGUCGUCACUGAUAUCACAUUGAAUUUAUGCUAAUAUAAUAGUCAUACUGUAUGUCCCCUUCAAAAGAAUUGAGCUUGUAAUAUGUCUUUAUUGGUACAUGAAAUAUUUUUAAUAUUUUUGUUUGUCAUAUUGUUGAUGCGUUUAAAAAUAAUAAUAGAAUUGUAUUAAUGAAUUUCUUAUCAUUUAUAUCUUAUUGGGUUAUAUUAAUGUCUUGAUAGGCAAUAUCAAUGUGAUAUUGGAUAGUAUUAUUAAUAUGUUCGUGAGUAGUAUUAUUGUCUUAAGGAUUAACACUGUUCGUGUCUGACUGUAUGAUAUAUUGUAUUUAAAAGUCUUGGAAAGAUUUAUUCAUUGUCAGAUCUUAAUAAAUACUUUUAUCAAUGUCAGGGAUCAUUUUAUUUGUUGAACAAUCAGAGGAUUAAAAGUGAGUUCUGUGUGAUAGAAGCUGGAAUUAUUUCUGUAAUAGUAUUUAUUGUUGACUUGUAUCAAAUCAUACAUUGAUGUUGUCUUUGAAUAUUCAACAGUGAAUAUUUGACUGUAAUACUAGUCAGUAUAAGACUGUGUUCACAGUCUACUUACUAGUUAGAAUUGACUGUAGUACUAGUCAGUAUAAGACUGUGUUCUCAGCCUACUUACUAGUUAGAUUUGACUGUAAUACUAGUCAGUAUAAGACUGUGUCCACGGCCUACUUACUAGUUAGAUUUGACUGUAGUACUAGUCAGUACAAGACUGUGUUCACAGCCUACUUACUAGUUAGAAUUGACUGUAGUACUAGUCAGUACAAGACUCUGUUCACAGCCUACUUACUAGUUAGAUUUGACUGUAAUACUAGUGAGUAUAAGACUGUGUUCACAGUCUACUUACUAGUUAGAAUCGACUGUAGUACUAGUCAGUAUAAGACUGUCACAGUCUACUUACUAGUUAGAAUUGACUGUAGUACUAGUCAGUACAAGACUGUGUUCACAGCCUACUUACUAGUUAGAUUUGACUGUAGAACUAGUCAGCAUAAGACUGUUCACAGCCUACUUACUAGUUAGAUUUGACUGUAAUACUGGUCAGUAUCAGACUGUGUUCACAGCCUACUUACUAGUUAGAUUUGACUGUAAAACUUGUCAGUACAAGACUGUGUUCAUAGCCUACUUACUAGUUAGAUUUGACUGUAGAACUAGACGGUAUAAGACUGUGUUCACAGCCUACUUACUAGUUAGGUUUGACUGUAAAACUAGUCAGUAUCAGACUGUGUUCACAGCCUACUUACUAGUUAGAUUUGACUGUAUAACUAGUCAGUAUAAGACUGUGUUCACAGCCUACAUACUAGUUAGAAUUGACUGUAAUACUAGUCAGCAUAAGACUUCACAGUCUACUUACUAGUUAGAAUUGACUGUCGUUCUAGUCAGCAUAAGACUGUUCACAGCCUACUUACUAGUUAGAUUUGACUGUAGUACUAGUCAGUACAAGACUGUGUUCACAGCCUAUUUACUAGUUAGAUUUGACUGUAGUACUAGUCAGUAUAAGACUGUGUCCACGGCCUACUUACUAGUCAGAUUUGACUGUAGUACUAGUCAGUACAAGACUGUGUUCACAGCCUAUUUACUAGUUAGAUUUGACUGUAAUACUAGUCAGUAUAAGACUGUGUCCACGGCCUACUUACUAGUUAGAUUUGACUGUAGUACUAGUCAG